CGAAGAAUUGCAAGUUCUGCCCUGAUCUUGAAAAAAAACUGAAAAGAGACAAACGAUUUGUGUUGGUAUGUCGAAGGAACUCUUGGGGUCCACACACACUAAAACUUAUUAAAAUAAUAAUAAUAAAAAAAAACCAAAUAAAUAUGCAAAUCAAUCAUAAUCAAUUCAUGAUACAAAAAUGGUGGAAACGGAAGCCGAGUUGUUACGGCGGCUCCAACUAGUCCUUGGCCAGAAAUCUGUAUAUGAACCGGUGGGUCGUUGGAACACCCCAUUCCAAAUGUCAAACCCACCAAUCAACAACAGGUGUCCUAGUGUCAUCGACUUUAGGAGCCAGAUUAUCCAAUAGGCAUUAGCUGCAGAAGCGUAGAAGUCGGUCCUAGGUUUGUUGGAAUGAAAUCAAACGGUCAACAUCACAGGCAUUUCAUCAACGGCCUGAACGCUCCAACUCGGAAUCUCUUCUCAACAUAAAUAAUUUUCUUUUCAUUUAGAUAAUGGUUUUUUUCCUGUCCAAAAAAAAAAGAGGAAAUUUUUUUUUUUAAAUAUUUGCGCAUCUAAUUCCCGGUAUUAAGCCUGGACUUCACAAGGGAGGCGGCGGUGGUGGUGGAAGAUAGCAGAAACCAUGACGCUUUUCCCAGAUCUAACAAAUGCUUUCCUUUUCGUUCGUAAACUCUCCUUUCCUCUCCACCAAACAUUUAUAAACAAAUCCAAAUUCCAUUCCGAAUCCAAUAAUUACCUGUAAAAAAACCCACCAAAUUUUCUUAUAUAGAGAUAAAAUUAUUGACACGACCCUCUUUUCCAAAUCAUUAGGUUUCCAGAAGCAACAUGGAAUCCGAACUCAAAGAACUCAAUUCAAAACCAGCCAAGACCCAACAACCAGACCCGACCCACUACGAUGCCUCCUCCAAAGACGACCGUCCCCUUCUCAAAUCCGACUCCUCAUCCGCCGAGAAUAUCCAGGAGCUCGAGAAGAAAUUCGCUGCCUAUGCUCGCAACGACGUGUACGGUCCCAUGGGACGUGGCAAGCUCCCAUUGAAAGAGAAACUCUUCCUGGGCAUAGCCCUCGUCACGCUGCUCCCUCUGCGUAUUAUUUUAGGGAUGACUAUUUUGGUCGUAUAUUACUUGAUUUGUAGAAUUUGUACGCUAUUCUCGGCCCCGAAUCAGGAGGAGGAGCAGGAGGAUUAUGCACACUUAGGUGGGUGGAGGCGAGCCGUGAUUGUCCGGUCGGGUCGUUUUCUGUCUAGGUCGCUGCUUUUCUUGGUUGGGUUUUAUUGGAUUAAUGAAACUCAUAAAGAGGAUUCAGCAAAUACCCAAGAGAACUUAAAAACUGAGGGUACCAAUCAAUCAGAAAAGCAAGAAAAGCCUGGGGCUAUCGUAUCUAAUCACGUGUCAUAUUUAGAUAUCUUAUAUCACAUGUCCUCUUCCUUUCCAAGUUUUGUUGCCAAGAGAUCAGUGGGUAAAAUUCCUUUAGUUGGUCUCAUCAGCAAAUGUCUUGGUUGUGUCUAUGUUCAGCGGGAGUCAAAAUCAUCAGACUUCAAAGGUGUUGCAGGUGUUGUGACUGACAGAGUUCUUGAAGUGCAUCAAAAUAAAUCUGCUCCAGCGAUAAUGCUUUUUCCAGAAGGAACAACAACAAAUGGGGAUUUCCUCCUCCCAUUCAAGACUGGUGCAUUUUUGGCGAAAGCACCUGUAGUGCCUGUUAUUUUAAGGUACCGUUACCAAAGAUUUAGUCCAGCAUGGGAUUCAAUAUCAGGGGUCCGUCAUGUGGUUUUUCUUCUGUGUCAAUUUGUAAAUCACAUGGAGGUAACAUGGUUACCUCUCUACUACCCCUCACAGCAAGAGAAGGAUGAUCCAAAACUAUAUGCUAAUAAUGUCCGAAGAUUGAUGGCCAGUGAGGGUAAUUUGAUACUGUCGGAUAUCGGAUUGGCUGAGAAGCGAAUAUAUCAUGCUGCUCUCAAUGGUAAUAAUAGCCUGCCUAGUGUUUUGCAUCAGAAAGACGAUUGAUAAUUUCUUGGCCUUGCUCCCAAAUGUUAUCUAAACUCAGUUAAGUUUCUUUGUUUGCACUGGUAUUUUCAUGAAUACACAGACAAAUCAGAAGGGGUGGUUUCGCCUCACUCAUUUUACUCAAAAUGAUGCCAUGUGCAGUUACAUUGUAAACUUCUUUGUUCAUGGAAAUUGUGGUCAGUAGAUGCAGAUUUAAUUUGCUUAUGGAACUGAUUUGGUCAGAUCAUCUUCUAUAAGCGACUUCUGGGCUUUUUUGUCCUAAAAUACACAUUAACAAUAAGUUUGACCAUAAAUUGCCCUUAAAAACUUGCAUAUAGAGCUACUGCAUCUGUAAAUCUGAAGUCUCUUUCGUGUUC